AUGGGCUCAAAGCAAGUACACACAAAGCCACCCAAUGGAACGAGUUCGAAACCAUUCACAUUGUGUGUCUUCUGUGGGUCUAGUGAGGGGAAAGAUCCCAGGUUUCGCGAUGCUGCCAAAGCGCUAGCGGAUAUCAUGGCGAAGAGAUCGUGGUCGUUGGUGUACGGAGGCGGGACUAUGGGGUUGAUGGGCGUACUCGCUGGAAACGUAGUGGCAUCGCAAGGAUCCGACACGGUACAUGGAAUCAUUCCACGUGCUCUUCUACUGGGCGGGCCGCCGCCCGCGCCGGAGCGAUUCGGGCGUACAACGGUGGUGGACAACAUGCACGAGCGUAAGCGGAUGAUGGCUGAGGAGGCUGAUGCCUUUGUGGCGCUGCCUGGUGGUUUCGGGAUGCUCGAGGAGUUACUCGAGAUGACGACAUGGAGCCAGCUAGGCAUUCACGCGAAGCCGGUGGUUGUACUCAACGCAUCCGGCUUCUUUGACGGUGUGUUUGAGUGGAUGCAAACUGCGAUCAAGUCUGGCUUCAUCCCUGACGUUCAAGGGGGCUUGAUUGGGCAGGCUCGUACAGUUGAGGAGCUGGAGGCGUUAGUUAGUGCUAGAGAGCCCGUUGAGGGACGAUACACGUUCCUUAGAUGGACAGGAAAGAAGGAUGAGGAGACCGCAGAUGGUGAAGACUUGGGGAGCCGAAAUGAUCUGGUCUCUCCGUAA